UCCCAGGGUUCUUUGCUGUGGCGUGGAACCGGAAGUGUAGCUGCAAGGGCGCGUGAGCGUGUGGUCUUUCUCCUGCGAGCAUGGGCCGAAGCAAGCAUCAGGAAUGCGGGGAAGCGCCUGAACCGGAGCCGGAGGAAACCCCGGAACGGUCCUACCAGGAGCUGGUGGAGAACGUGAAUGCGAUUGCGCGGCCGCUGGCCUCCCGGAAGCUCACGCGCAGACUUUACAAGUGCAUUAAGAAAGCGGCGAAGCAUAAACAGAUCCGACGCGGGGUGAAAGAGGUCCAAAAAUUCCUCAAUAAAGGCGAGAAGGGGAUCACAGUCCUUGCAGGAGAUACAUUACCUAUUGAUGUGUAUUGUCACAUCCCCAUCAUGUGUGAAGACCGGAAUCUUCCAUACGUCUAUAUUCCUUCCAAAACGGACUUAGGAGCAGCUGCAGGUUCAAAACGCCCAACAUGUGUGAUCAUGAUCAAGCCACAUGAAGAAUAUCAGGAAACCUAUGAUGAGUGCUUGGAAGAGGUGGAGGCUCUUCCUCUCCCCUUGUGAGAAACGUUGAUGGAAGAGGCUUUAAGGACUGACGUGACUGUUCCCUACUUGUAGCUUCUCUGCAAAUGAGACAAGUGACUGAAUAUUAAUGUUAAAACUGUGGAUAAAGAAGCUGGCUGUUUUCUGUCCCCUUUGUGCUGAACAGUGAAGUUGGCAUCACCAGUAGCCUUAAAAGGCAAACUCGUCACUGGCUUGGAAAAAAAUCAGCUGAAUAUUCUAUCCUGAGUGGUGCAAAGUGGUGUGUGUUAAUGACUGUAUUUUGGACCAAAUCUAGCCUAAGGAGUUUACCAUCCUGCUCUAAAACAGAUGUUCUCCUUUAGGGAGUCUAAGAGGAUUAAAGUAUUUUCUACUAUCUUGAAA